ACUUGCCCCCAAAAGAUGAACCAAAGAGGAUCUUUUCACAGAUGUCGAGGAAAAGGUAUAUUGGGCUGAUGUACCUUCGCCAAGACUCUCGCAUCCGUUUUCUUCCGGUAUGACGGAUGCAAGUCUGUUCGUUGUGAAUGACAAGACACCAACAAGGAUAGAAGAUCUAGUCACCAUUUUUAUAAAAAAUCCUGAAUGAUAACAUAUUACACUAAAUCAUAGACGGAAACAGAAAUAUAAAAUUUAUCGGAAAUGCAGUUCUUAAAGAAAAGAUCCAAUCUUUUAAAAAUAAUGCCAUUCAUCCAGUGUCUGUGUUGUACUGCAGACAAGAUCUUAUUUUUUAAAUAACCAUUUUCUUAAAUGAAUGCUGACGAAGCAGAGUUUGAAGGUCCCAUCAUUUGCAAAUACAUCAUGACGCAUUCUUUUUAGCUGAUGAAUUUUGAAAUUCCUUUUCCAAAAUGCAUCCUUACUUAAAAUCACAUAUUCAUUCGCAUUCUGCCAAUCAUUUGAAAGCUAUACCUUGCCAUCAUUGCCGAGAAUGCUAUGUCAUUUGCACUAAGUUAAACCAGAAGAUUUAAAAUACAUGAAUUCUUUGUUAUACAAACUACGCAGACUGCAGCACAAUCCCAGUUUAAGACCGUACUAUGUUGGAUGUUCUAAGAAGUCUCAAGAGCCUAGUGAAGGUUGGGAGGACUCAUAUCGACAACGAAGUCUUCCGCCUGCACUACACGUUCACCGUUCUCUGCCUACUGACAUUCUGCAUAGUGGUGACUACUAAGCAAUAUGUAGGUGAUCCCAUUGACUGCAUUCACGGGCAGGACAUUCCUUCUUCCAUCAUCAACACGUAUUGUUGGAUACAUACCACAUAUACCAUUCCUUCUGCUUACGCCAAAAAGGUUGGCAAAGAAAUACCACAUCCGGGAAUUGAUUCAACGCAAGACGAAAAACUCUUUCGCUACCACAAAUACUACCAAUGGGUUUGUUUCAUGCUGUUCUUUCAAGCCAUUUUAUUCUAUAUCCCAAGAUGGCUAUGGCGCAUGUGGGAAGGAGGCAAGAUACAAGCUCUAAUGAUGGACUUGGACAUCGGUUUGCUAGGAGAAGCUGAGAAAAAGCAGAAGAAAAAGCUAUUGGUGGACUAUAUUAUGUCUAGUUGGAAAACUCACGAUUGGUACGCUGGGAGAUACCUAAUAUGUGAAAUUCUUGCUUUUAUGAACGUCCUUGGACAAAUGUUUUUGCUCAACAGAUUCUUUGAUGGUGAAUUUAUGAACUAUGGCCUUGAAAUGAUUGAAUUUAUGAAUAUAGAUCCAGAGGACAGGGUGGAUCCGAUGAUUCGGAUUUUUCCAAGAAUCACAAAAUGUAGGUUUCAUAAAUACGGUCCAUCUGCUAAUAUAGAGACUCACGAUGCUCUGUGUCUUAUGCCUCUUAACAUCAUAAACGAAAAAAUAUAUAUUUUUUUAUGGUUCUGGUUUAUCAUUCUCUCCAUUUUGUCGGGAUUUGUGCUCGUAUUUCAUGCAGUACUUUUCGCAUGCCCACCAGUUCGGGUAUACGUUCUGAGCAUGCGUUACCGAUUCGCGCACAUGGAAAAUCUACACACUUUGGUCCGAAAAGGUUCAUUUGGAGACUGGUUUCUCAUGUACAUGCUUGGUCAAAAUAUAGAUACUAUAAUUUUUAAAGAGCUAGUAGUUGAGGUAGCAAAGAAAGUGACAAGUGAACCCAAAGAAGGUUUAUGACCAUGGAACGAAGUAGAACAAUUCAAUCGUAGAAAAAUUUUAAUGAUGCAAAAGCACAGAGUAAUAUUUCAUAUCGUAAUAGUGAGUGAGAUAAUGUUUAAUAUAUGCACAUUGCCUUAUCAUUCGUGGAGUAAUGGUUAAAGAUAUUAAAACUAUUUUAGUGUACAUAAAAUAUUGUUAGAUAAGAGGAAAGGAACUUGGAAUGGAUUAAAUAUAUCAUCUUUAUAUUUUGAAUAGAUUUAUUACGCUUUAUAGACUAUUUAUAUUAAUGUUAAGAUAAUAAAAAUAUUAAUUUAAUUGCAAAGUUAUUACAAGUAGAGCCUCUUAUAUCAGUGAAUUAAAUGUAAAUUUUAAGUCUUUUUCAUUUUUAUAUUUUGUCAGCAAAAUCUUCCUAUUGUCGACUUUCAAGUUAGAACUGUUUUAAAUAAUUCUUCUUUUAUAAUAUUUAGUAUUUCAUGAAUAAAAUUUUG